ACCUUUACACUUUUUUCAAAGAUGGUGGUCGCACAGUGAAUCACUCGCGCGACAGACGAGGAGAGAGGUUGUAAAUGGUUGUCAACAAGUCCGCAACGCGUUCGAGGAAUAAACGAGGUGAGGCGUGUCGAGAGUGCCAAAGUAACACAUAGUGGAAACUGUCAAAGAACGAGUCUUUCAACCGUUCGUCCGGAAAUACAGACUUUGAUGAAUGUCUGAGAGUGAUUACGAUUCCGCGAACGAGUACACAAGCCUGAUGGACGGUCACGUCGCGGAGUCUCGCACGGACGACCUGAUCCUGGGCAAUGACCGUCUAAGAAAGGGCCGUUCUAGGAACGUCAAUGAGGAAGUGGAAAAUGGGGUUCCUGAGGUACAUAUUGAAGCAUCAGGCACGACUGUCGCUCGAUCGAAUAGACGCAGUGCGUCUGGUAACAAUAAUCAAAACAGACUGAGGCAUUACAAUAGAGACGAGGAAGAGGAAGAAUUAAAGUAUGGAGCGGCACAUGUGAUCAAACUCUUUGUCCCUGUUUCGCUAUGUAUGCUGGUUGUAGUGGCUACUAUUAGCUCAGUGCAUUUCUAUACAACUAAAGGAAUGUACUUAGUAUACACUCCAUUUCAUGAGGACAGCUCUGAUACGAGUACUAAAGUUUGGCAGGCGUUUGCCAAUUCGCUAAUUCUUAUGAGCGUCAUUGUAGUUAUGACUGUGAUACUUAUCAUUCUUUAUAAAUACAGAUUUUAUAAAGUCAUACACGGCUGGCUAAUUAUAAGCUCUUUAUUGUUGCUUUCAAUGUUUUCAAUUCUAUAUUGCGAGCAGAUAUUGAAAGCUUAUAACAUUCCAAUGGAUGUAUUCACACUAGGCAUAGGCUUAUGGAAUUUUGGUGUGGUAGGAAUGAUUUGUAUUCAUUGGCAAGGACCUUUGCAACUUCAACAGGCAUAUUUGAUAUUUAUUUCUGCCUUAAUGGCGCUUGUUUUUAUCAAGUAUUUACCCGAAUGGACGGCAUGGGUCGUGCUCGGUGUUAUAAGUAUUUGGGAUUUGAUUGCGGUUUUAACACCAAAAGGCCCAUUAAGAAUACUCGUUGAAACAGCACAAGAACGAAACGAAUCCAUUUUCCCUGCUCUAAUAUACUCUUCCACUAUCUUAUAUUCGUUUACCGUGACUUAUGCUGGAUAUGUACAAGCGGCCACAAUGGCAUCUGAAGACACCGCGGCAUCUCCUACGCGUAGUCAGGCGGACAAUCAAAAUAAUCGCACAUCUAAUGAUACGGAAGAGGGCGGUUUCACUCCCGAAUGGGUAGAGACACACGGCGAACGUAGCGCAAGGCGCGCUCAAGAGGUGCGGGAAAACUCGUUGAGGGAAGGCGCGCAGCAACAGGAAAAUCGCGCACGAGAAUCGCAGGGGCAAGCGACAGUAACCGAGGAAGAGCGCGGAGUUAAACUAGGUCUUGGUGACUUUAUAUUCUACAGCGUGCUUGUCGGAAAGGCGUCCAGUUACGGAGACUGGAACACUACCUUGGCUUGCUUUGUUGCUAUUCUUAUUGGCCUGUGUUUGACGUUGCUGUUGCUAGCCAUAUUCAAGAAAGCGCUACCUGCAUUGCCAAUUUCUAUAACGUUUGGUUUGACAUUUUACUUUGCCACAAAGGUCAUUGUCGCGCCAUUUGCGGAUAGUUUAGCGAGCGAACAAGUGUUCAUUUAAAAAUUUAGGUAUGAUAUAAAUAUUAUCUUAUUUAGCAUAAUUUAUUGUAGGAAUCGAUUAUUUUCCGCGAGGGGACAAUGCCCAUUACUCACCCGUUUGGUAUCCCGUUUAGUUCCAGUAUUUCUUAAUUUGAUUUUUUCCUUUUUUUUUUAUAAUUUAUUUAUGCAAACUUUUCUUUAGAGACUGACCCCUUUGAACCAAAACGUACCUACCUACAUCUCUUAAUAAUUGAAUAUUUCUCAAAGAAUCGUAUAUAUCAAAUAUACACACACAUAUUUGCAAAAAAAAAAAAAAAAAAUGCUCAGAAAAAAGAAAUAAUUUAAAUUUGUAAUAUAGAAGUAAGAUAGAAUAUAUAGAAAAAAUGAUGGAAGGAAUGUAAUUACUUAGUAUUUUUUUAUGCGAAGCGAGUUGACAAGACGCGCAUCGUUGUGGAACUAGGCGGUACAUGUUUGUCACGGGGGUUAUGUGAUAUACAAGCGGGAGAAUGUGCGCUGCAUUAUAACAAUUUAUUGUACUCCGUUUGUUACAUUUACAGAACAUAUAAGUAGACUCUCGAGUAUAAAAAAAAAAAAAAAAAAAAAAAA